AUGAACAAAAAAUUUGUGUUAGCAUUGUCUUAUUUAGUACUUUGUGUGCAUUUUAUUAUAGCAAGCACAAAAGGAAACGAAGAUGAAUUUAACGGAGGCCAAAUUGUAAGAGAUUCGUUUCUUCAAAAAAGUUUAUCAAGAAACCAACCGCCACCAUGUGUAGGUGAUGCGUGUCUUUGUCAAAGUUAUUACGAUUUAACUUUGAUUUUAGAUGAAUCGGGGAGUAUCAAAAAAAAAAAUUGGGAGAAGUAUGUUGUUCCAUUUACAGAACAAAUUGUAAAGGGUUUAAAAAUAGGCGAAAAUGAUAUUCACGUGGGAAUUUUACUAUUUGCCUUGAAAAACAGAGAUUAUAUUACUUUUGACAAUGAUAUACGAUACAAAAAAACUGAACUUUUGAAAAAAGUAAAUGAUCUAAAUGACGAUUAUCGUUCAGGAUCAGACACAUAUAUUUUAGAAGCUUUAAAGUAUUCAUUGAAAAAUUAUUCAUUGAACAAAAAUGCAAGGGAUGGUGCACCAAAGGUAACCAUACUAUUUACCGAUGGAAAUGAUAGACAUGCAUCUAAGUCUCAAUUUCAUAAAAUGCAUUCCGAAUAUCGAGACAAUAAUGUAAAAUUGUUAGUUUUGGGUGUUGCAGCUGCAGAAGAGAAAAAAUUAAAAGUUAUAGCUGGAUGUGAGGAGAAGGCCAGUUGUCCAAGUGCUAUGAAAGCAGAAUGGGAAACUAUAAAUAACAUAACAAAUAAAUUAACUAAUAAAAUAUGUGAUACAGAAUCUGAGUCCAAUGCAAUGCCAGAACCAUCCGAACCAACUCCAUGUAUUGGGGAUGAAUGCUUUUGCAAAGAUUAUUAUGAUUUAACUUUAAUUUUAGAUGAUUCAGUAAGCAUUACAGUAUAUAAAUGGAACAAAGAGGUUAUUCCCUUUGCAGGAAAACUUAUAAAUAGUUUAAAUAUAAGUAAAGAUAAAGUACAUGUAGGAAUUAUGCGUUUUUCAAAAGACGUAAUAACUGAUGUUGAUUAUAGUCAAGAUACACGAUUUAUAAAAAGUGAUUUGAUAAAUGUAGUUGAAGAUCUAAAUAAAAAGUAUAGAUAUGGGUCACGUACCAAUAUUGUGGAUGCAUUAGAUUAUUCUCUAAAAAACUUCACAAGACAUCCAAAUAGUAGGCAAAAUGCACCUAAAGUAACAAUACUUUUUACUGAUGGAAAUGAUACUUCUAAAACGUUAGCAGAAGAACGUUAUAUGGGAAUAUUAUAUAGAUAUGAAAAAAUAAGGUUAAUUUUAGUAGGAGUUGGCCAAGCAUCUCCACUUGAUUUAUACGCAUUAGCGGAUUGUGAAUAUGGUAAGGAUUGCCCACAAGUUAUAGAAUGCAAAUGGAACGAGUUAACGGGUAUAACACCAGUUGUUACAGACAAAAUAUGUGAUCUCGAAUCACCCGUUGUCCCCGACACACCUGUUGUUCCAAAUCCAUCUGAGAACCCUGACGUACCUGUUGUCCCCAAUCCAUCUGAGAAACCUGACAUACCUGUUGUUCCAAAUCCAUCUGAGAAACCUGACAUACCUGUUGUUCCAAACCCAUCUGAGAACCCUGACACACCUGUUGUUCCAAAUCCAGAUAACGCCGUAUCUUGCCAAAAUGAAGAGGAUUGUUAUUGUAAAGAUUUUUAUGAUGUUACAUUAAUUUUAGACGAAUCCGCAAGUAUAGGUGAAUCUCGAUGGACUAUGGAAGUUAUUCCAUUUGCAAAAGAUGUUAUAAACAAUUUAAAUAUAGGCUAUAAUUCAGUACAUGCAGGAAUUUUACUUUUUUCUCAUUACGCUUUGGAUCUUGUUCCAUUUUCCGAUGAAGCACGAUAUAAUAAGAAUAGACUUAUAAACAGAAUAGAUAGUUUAAAAACAAAUUAUGGAAAUGGACAUGAAUCAUUUAUUGUUAAAACACUAAAGUAUGCAUUAUAUAAUUACACAAAAGCCUCAGAUAGAACUAAUGCACCUAAAAUAACAAUGUUGUUUACUGAUGGCAAUGAUUCUAGUGAAUCCGAUAUUGAAAUGUAUAAUAUCGGAUCAUUGUAUAGAACAGAAAGAGUAAAAUUAUUAGUAAUAGGCGUUUCUAUGGCUAGUGAAAGUAAACUAAAGCAAUUAGUAGGUUGUGCACAAGAUGUACCGUGCCCAUUUGUUAUUAAAACAGAAUGGGGAACUUUAGCCCCUUUAUCAGCGGCAUUUGUUGACAAAAUAUGUGAUACAGGAGCAAUAUUACCACCAGAAAGUAAUAAACCUGAACCAGAAGCACCUGCUCCACCAUGCAUAGGAAAUGAUUGUUUUUGUCAUGAUAUAUAUGAUUUAACAGUAAUAUUAGAUGAAUCAGGAAGUAUAGGAGCUAAUAAUUGGGAAAGACAAGUUUACCCAUUUACUGAAAAGUUUCUUAACAACUUAGAAAUAUCUGAGAAGAAUGUUCAUGUUGGAAUAAUGCUAUUUGCACAAUAUAAUAGAGAUUUUGUUAUGUUUUCUGACAAAGAAAGUUAUGACAAACCACAGUUGAUGAACCAUGUAAAAACCUUAAAAAAGUCUUAUAAGUCAGGAGGAUAUACAUAUAUAAUAUCAGCUCUAAAUUACGGUUUGGUAAAUUAUACGCGCCAUGGAUCUAGUAGAUCAGAUGUGCCUAAAGUGACAAUGCUAUUUACUGAUGGAAAUAAUACUGAUCCAGGAGAUAAAUUAUUGUCAGAUGCAAGUUUGUUAUAUAAACAAGAAAAUGUAAAACUGUUAGUCGUUGGUGUUGGCGCAUCUACUAUGGCCAACUUACGAUUACUUGCAGGUUGCCACAAAACAGAUGGAAAUUGUCCACUUGCUACGAAAACCGAAUGGGACAAUCUUCAAGAUAUAUCAAAAUUAAUGGCUGACAAAAUAUGUAAUGCAGAGACCCCAGAAAUUGAAGAGCCAGAAUCUACUUGCCUAGGUGAUGAAUGUCUAUGUGAGGAUUAUUUUGAUUUAACAUUUGUUGCCGUUCCAUCAAGUACCAAAGACUAUAAAAAGAGAAGCGGACUUAUAAAUUAUGCUAAAAAUAUAAUUAGCAUGUUUAACAUUGGAAAAAAAAAUGUUCAUGUAUCGAUUUCUAUAUAUUUAGGAACAAAAGGUAUCAAUAGAGAUUUCGAUGAUGCCAUAGCAUCUGAUAAAAAAGGAUUAUUAAGAGUAUUAGACCAAAUGGAUAAUUAUUUUCCUGAGGAUAAAACAAACAUAUCUGAAGCUUUAGAAGUAGGAUUAAAGCAAUCAUUUGGAAAUGGUCAUAGAGAAAAAGCCCCCAAAAUUGCUUUGUUACUUACAGAUAGUAAUAAUGAUGCAUAUGAAAGAAGUAAACUUGAGAAAAUAUCAAAAAAUUAUACAGAUAAAGGUGUUAAACUUUUAGUAAUAGGGAAAGUGGAUUUAUCUAAGGAAAUUUUAUUCGUUGCAGGAGGAUGUGAUAUAAAUAAUGAUACAUGUCCAAAUGUACUUAUAUAUAAUAGUUUCAUUAAUGAUAAUAGUGUCGAAAAAUUUGUAGGAGGAAACAUAUGUGAUAGUAACAGUGGUAAUGGAGAAUCAGGAGUUUCCCCUUUACCUCCAAGUAUUCAAGACUGUGAAGAUGAAUUGUGUGAAGAAUGUGAUGAUGAUACGUGUGAUAACAACCCUGUAUGUAAAAAAGCUAUUGACAUAGUUAUAGCAUUAGAUCAAUCCAGAGGAAUUACUAAUUUACAAUGGAAAGAUUAUGUAAAGCCAUUUAUGGUAAAUAUAGUUAAGCAAAACUAUUUAUCCAAAAAUAGAUCACAUGUAACGAUAGUAAAAAUGAAUAGAAGCAGAAGUAGAGAACAAUGGGCUUUAUAUAGAAAAUUAAGUUAUAAAAAAAAUAAAAUUCUUAAAAAAAUCGACAGAUUACGAAUGUCCUAUUCCAAUAAAAUAAAGUUGGCAGACAAUUUGAAAUAUAUAAGAACAAACACUUUUAGCAGGACCCCUGCAGAUAAAAAAAAAUUAAUUAUAAUGUUAGUUGAAGGUAAAUCAAAUAGCGAUUUAAAUGACUUGAGAAGAGAAGUCGAACUUUUGAAAUUAAAUAAAAUAACUUUAUAUGUAUAUGCAAUAGAUAAUAUUGACGAAAAGGAAUAUAAAAUACUUGGUGAUUGUGAAAAAUCAUCUUCUAUAUGUGAAAAUAUAGUUAAAGUAUCUUGGGAAAAUUUAUUAUCUUCUGUAGAUAUACAUAAUAAAUUUAUUUGCAAUCAAUACCCCGAAGAUGCAGAAUGUUCUGAAUGGGGUGAAUGGAGUUCAUGCCCUCAAUUAUCAUGUGAUAGAUCUGUUAGUAAAAGAGAAAGAAAACAACCAUUUUAUACAAUAAAGGAAGAAGGCUAUAACAGCACUGGAUAUGGAGAUUCAUGUAUGGAUUUAGGUUCCAUAGAGUAUAGAUCAUGCCCUAUAAAAGAUGAAUGUAAUGCUGUUUGUGGUGAUUUUGGUGAAUGGAGCCAAUGUAGUACUUCCUGUGGAGAUGGUAUAAGAAUAAGAACCAGAGAUGUAUCACCAGACAAUGAAAUAUGCCAAACAUUUAAUAAAACUGAAAUAGAACCAUGUAAUAUUCAAAGUUGUGGCACUACAGAGAUAUGUGAAGAUAUUGGUGAUUGGGGAGAAUGGUCUUCUUGCUCAAAAACAUGUGGAUAUUCUAUUAGAGAAAGAAAAUUUACAAUUUUCCCAGAAAGUAUAGACGAACAUUCUUAUUGUGAACAUUUUGAGAAAAUCGAGACAGAGGUAUGUUCAGUUCCAAAAUGUGAAAAUGAAGAAUGUUUUGAUUGGGAAGAUUGGAGUGAAUGGUCAGCACCAUGUGGACCCAGAAAAAGAGUUCAAAGACCCCGUUUAUAUAAAAAGCGAUUUUCAAGUUCAUCAACUAUCCCUAGUCCACAUAUUAGAAAAGAUGAUAAUUGUGAAGAUUUUUAUCAAGAUAAAAUUGAAUAUGAUGACGAAACUAGUUGCCCUGAUAACACAUGUGGUAGCUGGACAGAUUGGUCCGAAUGUGAUCGACCAUGUAAUGUUGGAGUGAGAAUAAGACACUUUAUUACAAAUACAGUUGGUUUUAAUGGAGAAAAUGAUGAAUGUUUAGAAAGUUAUAAUAAAGUAGAAACUGAACCAUGUUUAGAUUUACCUGUAUGUGAUUCUGGAGAAUGUAAUGAUUGGGAAACAUGGGUUGAUUGUAAAACAGACAAGGAUUCCCACACCUGCCAUAUCCCAAAUAAAAAAAUCCUUACAAGAAAAUUAGACUUAUUAAAGAAUCCCAAAACUGGUACAUCACAAUCUUGUAAUGAUUACUCUCUUUUUAGAGAAGAAGAUUGCCCAACAGAAAAUACUCCUUGUGUUGAUGCUUUAUGUAAUGAAUGGGAUGAAUGGGGAAGCUGUUCAGAAACAUGUGGAUUAAACUCAUUCAGAAUUAGAAAAAGAAAAGAGCCAUUAGAGUUAAUACCCGCCUCUUCAGAUAUCGAUGGAAAUGUUGGUUUAACUUGUGAAGAACAAAAUGUUCGAAUUGAAGAAAAACAAGCUUGUAAUGUUCCUGCUUGUGCACCUCCCGUUAUAGGCGGAUCAAAUAAUGGUGAAAAUGGUAGUGGAAAUAGCGGUGAAAGUGGUAGUAGCAAUGAGGGUUUUGGUACCGGUGAGAAAAUAUCAAUGGCUGCAGGUAUAAUUGGAUUAGUAGGUUUAGCAGCUGGAGGUUUAAUAUAUGGCUAUAAUACAUUAAAUGGAGGAGAGACCCCACAUAACUCUAAUAUGGAAUUUGAAAAUGUUGAAAAUAAUGACGGUGUAAUUGAAGAAGAUAACGAAGAUUUUGAAGUUAUCGAUGCAAAUGAUCCCAUGUGGAAUUAA